AAAGCUUUUAUAAUUCUUCUUCUCUCUAAUUGAAGCAUUUUCUUUUCUGAGAAAAAGUAAACCAUGGUAGUGAAGGUGUAUGGUCCCCAUUGUGCCUCAGCCAAACGGGUUCUAGUUUGUUUGAUUGAGAAGGAAAUAGAAUUUGAGGUUGUCCCUGUUAAUGUCUUAAACGAUGAACACAAAGAUCCUCAGUACCUCAAAUUACAGCCUUUUGGAACUGUUCCUGUAAUUCAAGAUGGAGAUUAUACCCUUUAUGAAUCUCGAGCUAUAAUACGAUACUAUGCAGAAAAAUACAGAUCUCAAGGAGUUGAGUUACUAGGAAAAACAAUAGAAGAGAAAGGUCUUAUAGAACAAUGGUUAGAAGUUGAAGCACACAGCUAUAACCCACCAGCAUACAACUUGACCGUUCAUGUUUUGUUUCCUGCACUAGCAGCUAACAAGACUCCAGAUCCUAAGGUAAUUGAAGAGAGUGAAGCAAAGCUUGUGAAGGUGUUGGACAUCUAUGAAGAGAGGCUUUCAAAGAGCAAGUAUUUGGCUGGUGAUUUUUUUAGUCUUGCAGAUAUGAGUCACCUUCCUUUCACUGAUUAUAUUGUUAACAAUAUGGGGAAAGGGUAUUUGAUUAAAGAUAGGAAACAUGUUAGUGCUUGGUGGGAUGAUAUAAGUAGUAGACCGUCGUGGAAGAAGGUCCUUGAGUUGUAUAAACCUUCUGGUUAAGUGCGUGUCUGGAUUAACAGAAUUGACAGAAUCACGAUGAAUCAUUGAUUUUGUUAAAUGUUGUAUUUUUGAACUUUAACGAAAUCAAAUCACGUGAUUUUGUCAAACCCUAAGAUAAUGUUGAAAUAAUAUCACUAAGUAUGUUACAAUUGCUGUUGAAAAGCUGUAUUUUUUCUAUAAUUUCUUCAAUGUAUGAAAGGAUAAUAAUGCAAGUGCAACUUGCAAAAUAAAUACAAAACCAUCAAUGUAUGUGCUGA